GGGCGCUCGUCAGUCCCGCUUCCAGUUAAACUUUUACCGUGCACGCAUCAGGCCAGCGAACAGCGAGCAGGCGGACGCGGACGGGACGACGACUGUGUGUGUGGCGUGCUCCAUCGUUUUAGAAUUUUGACUCUGCCCCGAACCCAGUGUAACGGUCAAACGAAAUUGAAAGCGGACAAUAUUAACCCCCAGCAUCAGCACCGGACCCCAAAAAUAAUACAAAAUAUAAUUUUAAUAAAUAUAAUACGAACGUGCGUGAGAAAUCCAACAACAAAAUAAAUAAGUGCGAGUUGUUUUGAGGAAAUAUUUAAAUGGAAAUGCGGAAAAUCUGUUUGUGCUACUUGAAUGAAAAAUAAAUGCCAUUAGUGUGUGGAAAACAGCAAAUAUUUAUUCCUAUACAAGUAUAAGCAAAAUCAAGAAAAAUCAUUUGAAUGGAAAAGUGCUUGAGCCAAAAUUGAAACUGUGGAACCAGAAUUUUCCACCGGACAAAAACUCAUUGUCUGUUCUCUCAGUUUUCAUUUCCCCCACAUAUGUAUUUUCCAAUAUUCUGUGUGCUAUUAUUAAGAUAAUCAGUGCGACACUUGCCACCUGUUUGGCAGCAUUUUUGGAAAUACAUUUCUAUGCCAAAGACUUUCCGAAAGAAAGCCGUGAAAGUGAGAGUGUUUGAGAGUGUUGUUGACCCCAGCCUCAUGCAAGGUGUUAAGGAGGUCUGAAGAGCCGUCUAAGCCGUUAAGAGAGAUACUCGUACGAGAAGAAGGAGCAAGACGAAUGGAGAAAGGCCAGUCGACAAUCAUUGGACAGAUCCACCCAUAAAUACCAACCACAAACAGCCACUCUGUAGAUUAUCCGGUAUAGAUAUAGUGGAGCAAUACCCAUAAAAGUCAAUGUGCUGGUCGACAUCAAGCGAAAUCAUUUAAUAGGCAGCCGGCAGCUACGUUUUUAUCAAGCAUACGCCGCGUUUUCCAGCAAAAAGAGGAGAAGGAGGAUGGUGCCCUGCCCUGCCCUGUCCCACAUAAAUUUGUAAUCAAGCGACACAAAGGCCAAACGCCAAACGCCAGACGCCAGAGGCGAAGCUCCACGAGAAGCCCUGGAAGCUGGGAGCUGGAGAGAAACUAAUAAGACGACUUAUUCUUAUUGAAAUUAUGAUUAAUGACGGGAAUAUUGUACAACAACAGCGAAGGGUAAAUCAAGGCAUUGUGCGGCACUAGGGGUGCUACGCGAUGAUGAACACAAUGAUGAACACAAUGAUCCAGAUGAUGAUGAUGAGCAGCAGCAGCCGCAACAGCAGUUUAGUGCUGUGUAGACAUCACCUUCUCACGAAUUGAAACCGCAAUUCUGGAACACAGAGAACACCGUUUGAUGGCUUCGUCCGCGGCGGAGUACGUUGCAGCAGCAGCGGCAGCCCGACGGCGACGCCAUCAGAGCAACCACCGCACCAAACUGAUCUCCACCGCCACACUGACGCUGCUGAUACUCUUUCUCAGCAGUUGGGUGGCCUAUGCAGCGGCCAAAGCGGCCAAAGCGGCCACCACGGCCACCCCGAGGCUCGAGGAGAGCGGCGCGGAACCGGAGUCAGUCACGGACUUCAACAGCAGCAGCGCCUUCCUGGGUGCCGUGGCAGCCGCUUCGCCAUCGGCAGCUUCGGCGGCUGCCUUCACCGCCACCACAGCGCUGCCAUAUCCAUACUCCGCGUCGCUCAACAGCAGCCCCGUGGCAAUCAUAAGCUAUCAGGGGAUAACCAGCAGCAUUACGGACAGCAACACCACUCUGGGGCCGCUCUCGGACACCCCGUUGUUGAUUGAGGAGUUUGCUGCCGGGGAGUUUGUCCUGCCACCGCUACAGUCCAUCUUCGUAAGCCUCGUCCUACUCAUUGUCAUCCUGGGCACCGUGGUGGGCAAUGUCCUCGUCUGCAUAGCCGUGUGCAUGGUGCGGAAGCUGAGGCGGCCCUGCAACUACCUGCUCGUCUCCCUGGCCCUCUCCGACCUGUGCGUGGCUCUGCUGGUGAUGCCGAUGGCCCUGCUUUACGAGGUGCUGGAGAAGUGGAACUUUGGUCCGCUGCUCUGCGACAUCUGGGUGUCCUUCGACGUUCUCUGCUGCACCGCCUCAAUCCUUAACCUGUGCGCCAUCUCCGUGGACCGCUAUCUGGCCAUCACCAAGCCUCUGGAGUAUGGCGUGAAGCGAACGCCCCGCCGUAUGAUGCUCUGCGUGAUGGUUGUGUGGCUGGCUGCCGCUUGCAUCUCGCUGCCACCGCUGCUGAUCCUGGGCAACGAGCACGAGGAUGAGGAUGGAAUGCCUAUAUGCACGGUGUGCCAGAACUUCGCAUAUCAGAUAUAUGCCACGCUGGGCUCCUUCUACAUCCCGCUGUCCGUGAUGCUGUUCGUCUACUACCAGAUCUUCAGGGCUGCCCGCCGCAUCGUGCUGGAGGAGAAGCGAGCCCAGACCCAUCUCCAGAAGGCGCUCAACGGCAAGGGCUCGCCCACGGCCGCCGAUCCGCCGCUGGGACACACGGAGCUGGUCAGCGGCAAUGGACAACGGCACAGCAGCGUGGGCAACACCUCCCUCACAUACUCCACCUGUGGGGGACUCAGUAGUGGCGGCGGCGCCAUCAGUGGCGGACCGUCGGGCGGACAUCACGGCGGCCACCAUGGCAGCGGUGGCGGUGCGAGCGGUUCUACCGGACUCCUGGGGUCGCCGCACCACAAAAAGCUCCGCUUUCAGCUGGCGAAGGAGAAGAAGGCCUCCACUACGCUGGGCAUCAUUAUGUCGGCCUUCACCGUCUGCUGGCUGCCCUUCUUCAUACUGGCUCUCAUCCGGCCCUUCGAGACGAUGCACGUGCCGCCCUCGCUCUCCUCCCUGUUCCUGUGGCUGGGCUAUGCCAACUCCUUGCUGAACCCCAUCAUCUAUGCCACCCUCAACCGCGACUUCCGCAAGCCCUUCCAGGAGAUUCUCUACUUCCGCUGCUCCAGCCUGAACACGAUGAUGCGGGAGAACUACUAUCAGGAUCAGUACGGAGAGCCGCCCUCGCAGCGUGUGAUGUUGGGGGAUGAGCGUCACGGAGCCAGAGAGAGUUUUCUAUAAGCGAUGAUUACAUUUAGGACGAUGAAUGCGUUGACAUCUUUGCUCACUAGCUCACUCAAACACAAACACACACACUAACGUAUAUAAGAAGAGUAUUUGUAUGUAGUAGUGUUAGUAGUGCACCGACCCCCCUCGCCAUGCAUAUGAGUAUGUAUGUAUUUAGGUGCGAUAUACAUAUGUAGACGACUCCUCUAAAAACGUAAAUCGUUGUUGUAAUUUUAAAAAGGUAGAACUAUAAGUAUCCACACGUACACAUACACACGGUUGUAACUGUGACAGGUUUCUACGGUUCCUUUUAUGUUUCGAAAACAAUCAGCACCGGAAAUAAGCCACAAUCGUUAUCGAAUCUACUGAUAUCCUAUCUGCCCUAGCGCACCUAUGUGGUUAUCCCCUAGCCAGCCCUGCUCCACUCCCCUCCCCAAUAGUUAGUUGAUUUUGCAAGAGCGAGAUACUCAAAACAGAGCCAAAAAUUAACCUAAUUAAUAAUCUAGAUACGUAUUAGCCCUACUAUAAUUAAUAUUACAAUUAUGUUCCGUGCAAGAAGCUAUCCUCUGUAAAUACGGUUCAAUGGCUCUGUCUAUAUAUUAUACACAUAAACGAUAUAAAGUAUAUUUAAGAGUGCAAGGUCGCGGCUCGGGCUCAAGGGAGAACAACUACUAUAAUAUUGUAUUUUGUAACUUUCUUCAUUAGUCCUUCGUUGUAUGUAUUUUGUAUGAAAAAGUCACGCCUCUCUGUGAUACCAAACAUUAAGCAUUACUUUUAUGUUUAGAUUGAAUCGAAGCUGCAUCAGACGGAACGGAAAGCACACACGCAACACCUACUUAUACAAAAGCAUCUAGAUAUAGUCUACUAAGUGUGCAUGUUUUUAUUGUAUGUAAAUGUAUAUGUAUAUGUAUAUGUAAUGAUAAUGAUAUUCACAUGAAACCAAACCAAACAUAAGCAAGCGAGAGAUAAACUAUCAAACCUAUUUACAUACCACACCCACGACCCACACCACGCCACACACCACUCAUGAGAAGAAACCAUGACAAAACUAAGCUAAAGCCUAGCUAAUAUUACGAGUAAGAGCACGAGUACGCAACAGCCAAGUGCUAGAGUUCUCUAUGAAAACAAACAUCAAAUAUGAUAGUAACUAUAACAAAACAAAAAACAUAAAACAAAACAAAACACUUUCCGAGUGAAGCUUACCAAAAACAAACUGCAGAACUGCAUUUGAAUACUGUUUUUCCAACGAGUGCAGUGCGGAAGUUAAUGCAUCAAAUAAAAGGCAAACCGUAUAAAUGUAA